AAAAACUUAUCACUUCUAUUCAUAUAUAUUUUCAAUUGCAGUUUUAAUAAAUUUUCGAAUGUCCGAGAUUUAAAAUUUAAUGCUCACGCAGGAACAAAUUAAACAUGCAAUCCGAAAGAGAAGGAACUCAAGAGUACACGUUAACACAGCUACUCGAAGAAUUCAUGAAUUCCAGAUGACAAACAAAGAAGAGAAACGGACCGAAAUAUUUUGAUAAAUGUAAGAACAAUUAACCACCAAUCAAAAUGCGUGGAAACGAAAGCGCAGAGGAACUUGACGAUAUUCUUCAAACACUGAACGAUGAAAAAGCUAUUGUUCUCAUACCUGCUAUGGUGUAUUGCGGAUUUCUCAUGAUUCUUGGAACUACAGGAAAUCUUAUGGUAGUGUAUUUUUACGGGUUCCAUUCCAAAACUACUUCAGCGACGUGUUUCAUCCUAGCUUUGGCAAUAUUCGACCUUAUAGCCUGCCUGUUCGGGAUUCCUAUAGAAAUCUCGGAUCUACGAUUGUUUUAUUUGUUUAAAAGCGUUCCAGCAUGUAGGUUACUCGUGUUUGUGAACCAUUUCGCAGUGAUUGCUUCAGCGUUCACGUUAUGUUUUAUAGCGAUAGACAGAUACAAGCGGAUUUGCAAACCGUUUGAACGUCAGAUGACUGUCAGAACGGCGCGUACAAUCAUAGGCAUCAGCGCCAUGUUUGGCGUCAUUCUUGGCUGGCCGUCGAUCGCGCUUUACACGGUUGAAAUUGUGAAUAUCAAUACAACAUACAAAGGAGAACCUAUAACAAUUGCUGGAUAUGAUUGUACGUCAGUGAAAGACGAAGCGUACGGACCGUACAAUAUGACGUUUAGUGCUAUACAGUUUCUUGGAUUUUUCGGUAUAACCACUGCUUUGAUAGUGUGCUACUUUCUCGUUGGACGUCAGUUGUAUAAGCAUAAGAAAUUUAGAUUUUACGUUGCACAGAAAGGAUUACGCCGGACGGCAAGUGGAAACGUCACAACGAUGACAACGUCAAAUACGGAGUAUGAGUCAUCGGACCCCGCAGCGACGUCAAUACCGAUUGCGUCCAUACCGGAAGAGGACGAGGAGGAGGAAUUAGAGGAAGUUGAAUACGAUGGACCAGACGACGACCCGCCACCGAUGCAAGAGUCUAUUCCGGACCUACGCGAACUUCUUGAGCUUGACGCCAAUGGUCUGCCAACCGUCGAUAACGACCGACCGCCGUCAGCGUGGCAUGAUAUAUUAGGACCUGGACGUCCUCUGUCGAACUGCAGUCGUCCGAACUCCAUCCUUACCGAUCUCAGUGGACGAUCGAGGGGAGGGAGCAUUAUGACAGUGAAGAGCGUUGUCAUUUGUGACGCCAGCGAGAACGAAGUGUUCAGCAUAGAACCACGUGACAAAUCUCAGAUUCCAGUGUGGCGUCCACGUAGCGCCAUGAGCGAUUCCACAUGGUCCAACAGUAUCACGCGGCCGGGGAGCGUGAGCAGCAUAAACGAGUUUUUACGACCGUCAAGCGUUUCGUCGAUUCGAAGCAUUCCGGACGAGAGUGAUCAUAAGAAACGUGAAAAUGAGAAUAAUCAAGUGAAUAACCUGAUACCAAUACCUAACGUAACGUCAAAACUAAAGCGUACACGAAGUGACGGUGUGGUAGACAGCAAGCGUUUACGUCGAAAUAAUAGUAGUAAAAGCAUCACGGGGAGCAAGAUAACGUCUGGCUUACGUAGAACGGCGAGCGAAGGCAACGCGACAGUUAAACGCACUAGCUCAACCGGAAGUUUAUCACCACGCAAGGGUCUGCGCAGAACCGGAAGUACCGAAAGCAACAAGUUAAACACUGAUACGGAUAAUCUAAAGGAUAUGAGAAUGAAGUUGUUGGACAUAAACACGAUCAAGUAUACCAUAAUCAUGAUUAUCAUCGCCUCUGUGUUCAUACUGAGUUGCGUCCCUUAUUUAAUCCUUGCCGUUUGGCGCGUUUAUUCUCAUGAAAAUUUGGUAUACGAGUUUUCUAACACUCACUUAGUAUUGUUCCAGAUAGGAAUAAGAUCGUAUUUUCUAAACUGUGCUAUUAAUCCAUUUAUCUACGGGUUUUUCAAUUCUCAAUUUAGGGCUCAUUUUUAUAAAGCGUGGUGUUGGUGCUGUGAGUCAAAGACAACGGAGGACAAUGAUGAAAAUGACACUCACAGACAUAAAAGUCCUCGCAGAAAUAACUAUACAUAGUUCUGCGAUGUACAAGUGAACAACAAAUCGUUAACAAUCGUGCUAACAAUACAACUUACGGAUUUGGGUGAGCUAUAAUAUUGACAAAAUCGUACGUGUAUAUGUAACCAUUGUCGGAUACCCACGAUCUAAUCUCUGCACUAUGCUAUCACCAGACACCCCAGACACUACUGCGCUACACUGACGUAGAAUACCCCGAUACUCUGGCAAAGGUCAAAUAGAACUAGGUUGACCAGAUCACUACACUUUUAAAAAGCCUCUUUAGACCACUCGCCUGUGGAGUAUUUAAUUGUAACAUGCGAUUUCAAAGAAUAGUCUCCCUGCUUCAUGUAACUGCACGUAAACGAGAUUUUCGAACGGCUUGUAUGAAGUUGAACACAAGAUAAUUUCGUGGUUGCCGAUGAUGAAA